GCUUCCGAUGCUUGUACGCCCUCUGCUCGAAACCGAUCCGUUCGGAACCUUCGACGAUGAAUAUCAACUGGUAUGAAGUGGGAGACAAAGGCUACCACAUCGUGGACUGGACGGCCGGCUGUGGUGAAAGUCGACAUGAUGCUCACCUCUUGGCUUUCCGCAACGAUGAGCUGGUCAGUGAGAAGUGGGAUUCCACGAUCGUCAAAGACAAGAUGAAGGACAUGACAAAAGAUAUCCUCUCACAGCAUCCUACGCUCGGUGCUGCCAUCGAGAAUGCCGACGUCUGCUUCGACUGGG